AUGGAGCCGCCAAAGAAGCAGGCUGUGGAGCUGCUUCCAGAAAGAAAACAGGCUGUGGAGCCGCUUUCAGAGAGAAAGCAGACCAUGGAGCCGCCUCAAAAAAAGAAGCAGGCUAUGGAGCCGCUUCCAGAAAGAAAUCAGGCUGCAGAGCCGCUAAGGAAGCAGACUAUGGAGCCGCCAAAGAAACUGGCUGUGGAGCUGCCUCCAAAAAAGAAGCAGGCUAUAGUGCCGCUUCUAGAAAGAAAGCAAGUUGUAGAGCCGCUUCUAAAAAAGAAGCAGGCCAUGAAGACGCCAACGAAACAGGUUGUGGAGCCACUUCCAGAAAGAAAGCAGGCCAUGGAGCUGCCAAGGAAGCAGACCAUGGAGCUGUCAAGGAAGCAGGCUGUGGAGCCGCUUUCAGAGAAAAAGCAGGCUGUGGAGCCGCUUUAA